GACUCGGGGCAAUCCAUAAAGUGUUCCUCACUCAUCAGUCGUUGAUCGACAAUGUCGUGGCUAAGUAUCUCGUUCUGGAUCCUUUUCCUAACUAUCCAAUGGGUGGAUUUUGUGCAGGCAGCUCCCGCUGGAAGUAGUCCCCUUGAUGUAUCUGAUCAUCUUGUCAGUUUCGACUUUACUUUCGACAGGCCAUCCGAUCUUCUAUUGCCCGAACUCGAGCUUCAAUUGUUGCAGGCACAAAAGGAGCAAGAUGAUAUGGAAGUACUCAGAAUGCAAUUAAUGCAGUUGAACUUACUAAAGUUGUUAAUUGGCUUGGACUGCUUUAUCUUGAUUUGCAUUUACUUCUACGCCAGGGAAGAAAAAUACCGACCAGUGCAGGUCGUUUGACAGAUUAUAACGAGUAGUUUUGUAUAAAUUUUAAGUUUAAUAUGGCUCCUAAAAAUAUAUUAAGAAACGUGUAUUUUAUA